GCUAGCCAAGUGAGACUUAAAAGCUACGAGCAACAGUUUGGGAAAAUAUCCCCCCGUCUUCCAGGUAGCUGCCUCGCAAGUUAAGAUGGAAACAAAGAGUACUGCCUUUUCUGUGGCUGUUCCUUUUCCUGAAUUGCUUGACAAACAUAAUUAUGCGACAUGGGCGAUUCGGGUGCGAACCUACUUGGAGGGUCAAGAUCUUUGGGAGGACAUAAUAAUUAACGAUAACGAAAACGCAACGGCUUUACAUGAAGAUGAUGAUGAAGAUGCUAUUAAAGUUCGGGGAAGGAGGAACUUCAUGGCGUUACAUGUGAUCCAGACUUCAUGCGGUCCAGAUGCAUUUUCCGAGAUUAGCACAAUUCGUUCAGCAGACACUGCUUGGCAAACUUUGAAAACGAAGUAUCUGCUUGAUAAGGGCAGCAUUAACAUUGACAAGAGCUAUCUUCAGUAUGCGGACUUGUACAUGGCUGUGCUUCAUGGUAAUUGGACUGCUGCAAAGGAGUUUCUUGAGUCUCAACCAGAGGCAGUUAGAAUGGCAAUCACAUAUGAAGGCGAAACGGCUCUUCAUAUUGCUGUUACUUUUGGACAUGCUCAUAUAGUCCAGAAGUUGGUGGAUCCAGAGCUAAUGUCGGCAGAAGACUUGGGAAUUGCAGAUUAUGACGGUUACACAGCUCUAAUGAAGGCUCUUGUGUAUGGAAGAUCCGAACUGGCUCGCUAUUUGUAUCCUCUCACUUCGCUGAAUGAUCUGGUGCGUGCAGAAGAAGGCCGCAAAGGAGCUAUGCUUCUUACCCGUGCAAUAUAUUCCAGAAAUUUGGAUCUUGCUUUGGAUUUAAUCUGGCAUUACCCAAGUUUGACACUUGCUCUUGACGACCGCGGCGAGUCCCCCCUCUUAGCAUUGGCUUCUAUGCGCCACGCAUUUCAGAGUGGAAAGCGGCUCGGGUGUUGGAAAAAAUGGAUCUAUUCCAGUAGACGCAUUGAUGAACCUGCUCCUUCAACCAGCCGCUUUGAAACUCGUUUGAACAUUCCCAACGUUCAAAAUGGCCGCCAACGCAAUCAAGUUCAAGCGAUCGAGUUAGUGCCAGCAGUACUGUUUCGCCAUCUAGUUUCAACAACUGUCCGCAAGUACUUGUUGGUGCCAGCAGUACGGUUGCGCGAUCUAGUUUCAUCAUUGUUGGGAAUCAAGCAAUUGUAUGAAAUGAAGAAGAUCAAUAUCCAAUCCGAGGCACUUCUUUCCUGCAUGUGUGAGGAGAUAUCAACAGCAUUAAUACAAGCUGGACAACCUGAAAACAUCAAUGGGGUUUAUGAUGCAAUCAGCCGUGCUGUCAAGAAUGGAAUUUCCGAGUUUGUUUUUAGGGUAGCAAGGAUGGAUCGGAGCUUUUUGGAAAAUAAAUAUAAAAAUUCGAGGAACCUACUUAUGCUUGCUGUUCUCUAUCGUCAAUCUAAGAUCUGUAGCCUUAUAAGUGACCUUGAUACGAAUAGCACUUUGACAUCUUAUGUAGAUCGCAACGAUAAUAACAUGUUACACAUGACAGGGAUGAUAGAAGAUUCUACUGUACUUAAUCAAAUCUCUGGUACAGCUUUACAGAUGCAAAGAGAGUUACAAUGGUUUAAGGCGGUGGAGAGAAUUAUCAAUCCUAAGAUGAAAGAAGGAAUUAACAAAGAUGGUUUAACUCCUCAAGAGCUAUUUACAAAGAACCAUAAGAAUAUGAUGGAAAAGGGAGAGAAAUGGAUGAAGGACACAUCAUCAUCAUGUACGGUGGUGGGUGCUCUGAUUGUUACCAUUAUGUUCGCUGUAGCUUUUACGCUUCCAGGUGGUAAUGACCAAAUCACAGGCUUUCCAAUAUUCUCAAAGAAAAAAUUGUUUAUACUCUUUAUAAUAUCCGAUGCAUUGUCCCUUUUUUCUUCCUCAACGUCAGUGUUGAUGUUUUUGGGAAUCCUCACAUCACGUUAUGCAGAAGAAGAUUUUCUUGUGUCUUUACCGAGAAAGAUGAUACUAGGUCUUUCCACUCUUUUCUUCUCCAUUGCAACCAUGAUGAUAGCCUUUUCUGCUACUCUUUUAAUCAUCCUACAUGAGCAAUUAUCAAUUGCAAUUCCUCUCAUUUGUUUGGCGAGUAUUCCGGUCACCUUCUUCGUAUGGAUUCAAUUCCCCAUUCUUAAAGAUAUGAUCAAGUCGACCUAUUUCUCCCGCAUCUUCAAUGGGAAGAUGAAGCCUGAUUUUAAGUAA